AUGGCGUCUCCUCAACAAAUCCGUACCCCGAUCACUGAUCUGCUUAAGAUCAACCACCCCGUCCUGCUGGCAGGCAUGAACGUGGCUGCGGGACCCAAGCUGGCCGCCGCUGUCACCAACGCCGGUGGUCUGGGUGUUAUCGGUGGCGUUGGCUACACCCCCGAGAUGCUCCGCGAGCAGAUCGCCGAACUCAAGAGCUACCUGCACAACAAGAACGCCCCCUUCGGUGUCGACCUUCUCCUUCCCCAGGUUGGCGGCAGUGCUCGCAAGACCAACUACGACUACACCAAGGGCAAGCUCGGUGAGCUCGUUGAUAUUAUCAUCCAGGAAAAGGCUAGCCUUUUCGUCUCCGCUGUCGGUGUCCCCCCCCAAGGCUGUCGUCGAUAA